AUUUGAUGCUUAGUACUUGAUGACAAUAAAUUUCGUAAUACAUAACCUAUUUAUGAACAUCUCUUCAAUUUACGUAAUUGAAUCUAAGCGAAGAACAAGUAUCACUUUAAUUAUUUAUUGCUCGUGCAAAAUAAUAUAAAUGCAUAUUUGUGUCAAUUUAUCCUUCAAUAAUUUAUAAAUUAUUGUUUAAUGCAUUACACGCGAAUUGUACACCUGUAUCAAGUGUAAGUAUGAAGAGUAUAACACAUUCGUUAAAACAAAUCAAACCACUUGAAACGUAUCAUAAUUCGUCGAGGAAAUGGUUAAUUGAAAAAUAUUCCGUUAAAUAUAAGAAUGUACUUCAAUAUAAUUUACACCGUCGAAGAUUACACGCAACUGCUAUUCAAUUUGAGGUUAAUAAAGAGAACAGUCAAAAACCUAUAUCCGAUCUGAAGCAAUUCAGAGUUCUGCCAAAAAGUGGACCGUCAUUAAAAGAUUUUAUAACAAGUAAUUCUCCAGUUUCUAAUGAUCCUAUUAUCGCACCAAGUAUUCCUUAUGCGAAAGACAUCGAAGCUCGUAACCAAAAAGUAUAUUUUGAAGUUUAUGGAUGUCAAAUGAAUGUUAAUGACACAGAGAUAAUUUGGUCUAUUCUCAAAACACAUGGUUAUAAGAAAACAGAAGACAUAGAAAGUGCUAAUAUAAUCCUACUCGUUACAUGUUCUAUCAGAGAUAACGCAGAACAGAAAGUAUGGAACAAACUAGAGGGUUUAAAUGGCAUGAGAAGAAAAAGGAGGCCUACCAUGAAGAUUGGUUUAUUAGGAUGUAUGGCAGAACGUUUGAAAACGAAAAUCCUAGAAAAAGGACGACUAGUCGAUGUUAUAGCUGGUCCAGACAGUUACAAGGAUUUACCACGACUUCUGUCUCAACCGGAUAAUGAAACUGCUGUUAAUGUUGUUUUAUCAUUUGAUGAAACAUAUGCAGACAUUACACCAGUAAGACUGAAUCCAGACUCCCGUAGUGCAUUUGUUUCAAUAAUGCGAGGUUGCGAUAAUAUGUGCACAUACUGCAUCGUACCAUUUACACGAGGAAGAGAAAGGUCGCGACCAAUUAGCAGUAUAAUAAAAGAGAUUCAAUCCUUGUCAGAUGAUGGUGUAAAGGAGGUAACAUUACUUGGGCAGAAUGUAAAUAGUUACAGGGACAUGUCGCAAUCAGAAUUUUAUAUGGUUAAUGAUGUAGAAACUCAUCUUGCCAGAGGUUUCAAAACUGUAUAUAAAACUAAAAAAGGAGGUCGCAGGUUUAGCGAUUUAUUAGAUGAAGUUUCUCGUAUUAAUCCAGAAAUGAGGAUAAGAUUCACAUCACCGCAUCCUAAAGACUUUCCCGAUGAAGUCUUGCAAUUGAUAGCUGAGAGGUCGAACAUUUGUAAGCAAAUACAUUUACCUGCUCAAAGUGGCAAUUCUGUUGUUUUGGAAAGAAUGAGGAGGGGAUAUACGAGAGAAGUAUAUUUAGAUUUGGUGCACCAUAUACGUGAUAUUCUUCCAAAUAUAAGUCUCUCCAGCGAUUUUAUUGCUGGAUUCUGUGGUGAGACUGAAGAACAAUUUCAAGAUACACUAUCGUUGAUACGAUUAGUGAAAUAUAACAAAGCAUACUUAUUUUCGUAUAGCAUGCGGGAGAAAACUACCGCACAUCGUCGCUAUGAGGACAAUGUAGAACCAAUUGUAAAACAAAAACGACUCGAACGAAUGAUUUCAACAUGUACGCCCACUUCGGAGGAAUUAAAUAAAUUACAGAUUGGACAGGUGCAACUUGUACUUGUAGAGGGGGCCAGCAGGCGAUCAGACGAGUAUCUUCAAGGAAGGAACGAUGGUAACACGCGAGUAAUAAUUCCGACUAUGGAUAUACCUACUGAUAAAUAUUCAAAUAUGAAACAACCCAUAAAAAAUGGUGAUUAUGUUGCUGUAGAAAUUCAAAAUGCUAAUGCGAACACCUUAACAGGUGUACCUUUGUAUCAUUCAUCGAUAACAGAAUUUGCAUUGUCAUCUGUACUAUAAGUAAAACAGGACACUAGUGGCCAAAAUCUUCAUUUGUUAUUUAAUUGCACCUAUCGCUGCAUAAUACAUUUAGUUUUUGAACGA